GCUGCUAUGAUUUCUAGAAAGAGAAAAUAGAGGGUGAAAAAACCGGCUGUUAUUUGGGAGUCGAUUCCAUAUUGGUUCUUUCGAAAACUCGUUGGAGAUCGCUUCUGCGCAUGUGCGUUAGUAAAUCAACCGCCAUAAAAACAUGCACUGCAUGUUGAAGGCGGGAACCACCCACAGUGUGCGCGCAUGCGUUUUUUGGAUAAAAACCGCCACGGAAACCGCGCAUGCGCACCACAGAGCGGGUGAAUCUUUUGAGCGGCUUUAGACAUGUCUGUCGUUUUCGUACCCAAGAAACAACGCGGGAAAGCGCAAAUCAACCAAGAAAUCAUCCAAAGACUGCUGAAUGAAAAUGAGCAGCUGGUGAGGUGUAUAGCGGAGUACAUGCAGAAGGGCAGAGUCACUGAAUGUGUACAAUAUCAGCAGAUCCUUCACAGGAACAUAGUUUACCUAGGAACUCUAGCAGAUGCCAGUCCUGAUGCGCCUGCUCAGUGUGAAGACGCAUCGGCUCUCACCGGAACCAAGGACGCUUCCAAAACCUGAAUGUUCAGUCUGAAUGAAACGUGCUGUAUGUACAGUGUUUAUAGGGCAAGCAUAAUCAUUCUGAUUGGUCAGAUGGAUUCUGACAGAUGCUCUGACAGGUUUGAGUUAAGGACGUGCGUUCUGACGCGUAAUCGUUUCCGGUAGCAUGUUAAUAAAGGGACAAAAAAAAUUACGUUUCUAUGGAAGGAGUCUCCAGUUUUAACGCUUUGGCCGAUGAUGGUCCAAGAACAACUAUAAAUGGAUAAGAAGUAAAGUAAAUUGGCGGAAUAAAACACUCCAGGAUGUGCCUGGGCAUGGAUUAUUAGUUCCUCUACCUCAUCUUAAAGUUGGCUGAAAAUAAACUGAUGAUUCAUAAAAACCCAAA